AACGUCGAAUUACGAAAAAAGCGCACCUAGUGGGACGCUUUAGCUAGCGUACGUUACGUCCACAGACGAGUGCUUCAGGUUAAACUUGUAACCGCUAAAUAUGCUCAAACGUCAACGAAAGUAAUUGUCACAGGGUUAAAGUUAGCUGGGAGCAGGUUUCUAGUUUAGAAGAUAUUUCAGUGAAAGUAAUUAUCUUCAGCUCGCCUCUGCCUGGACGGGGAUCAUCGUUAGCUAGCUUUCUGUUGACACCAGCUGUAAGUGAAUCAGGUGAGGAGAGACAUGUCCGAGUCCGGCCACAGUCAGCCUGGGAUGUACGGCCAGGGACGCAGAAGGAGGCGACGCCGGGGAGACCGAGAUGCUGGACCUCCGGGCCAAAAUCUGUCCGGUCCUAGUCGGGAUCGAGAAUACCAACCCAGGGAACGAAGGGAUGGGAGUGAGGAUCCACCGGGCCCACUCAUUCAGAAGACCCCCAUCAUUCUUGCUAAACCCCCUGGAGAAAGGGCCAAGUCAUCGCAGAAUGCACCUGCGAGUGGAGCUCCAGUCCUGGAGAAGCCCAUCAUGCUAAUGAAAGCCAGGGAUGAUGGAGGGAAGCCGGGGACCCCUCCAGAAGCAGCAGCUCAGCCCCCUGGUCCUGGGCCCUCCAAGAUGGAGAAGGAAGGGCAGCGGCCCACCCAGCCUGUAUACCAGAUCCAGAACAGGGGGAUGGGUGCUUCUGCAUCGAGCAGCAUUGUGGACCCUAUGGUUGGCCAGUCUAAACUCCUCCCUCCAGAGAAGAUGAAGCACAGCAUCAAGCUAGUGGAUGAUCAGAUGAACUGGUGUGACAGUGCCAUGGAGUAUCUGAGGGAUCAGACCGAUAUGUUGGUGGUGGGAGUCAUUGGCCUGCAGGGAACUGGGAAAUCUACGAUCAUGUCACUGUUAUCUGCCAACACUCCUGAGGAAGAUCCAAGGGGUUACGUAUUCAGAGCCCAGACUCAAGAAAUCAAGGAAAGAGGAGGAAACCAGAGCACAGGCAUUGAUUUCUUCAUCACACAGGAGAGAGUCAUCUUCUUGGAUACACAGCCAAUGCUCAGCCCAUCUAUUCUCGACCACCUCAUCAAUAACGAUCGGAAGUUGCCUCCUGAGUACAACCUCCCACACACAUAUGUGGAGAUGCAGUCUCUUCAGAUCGCCGCCUUCCUGUUUACAGUGUGCCAUGUUGUCAUUGUGGUUCAAGACUGGUUCACUGACUUAAACCUAUACAGGUUUCUUCAGACUGCUGAGAUGGUGAAACCUUCCACUCCGUCUGCAAGCCAUGACAGCAGUGGCUCUUCAGGCAGUGACGAUGGAGCAGAGUACUAUCCUCAUAUAGUGUUCCUCCAGAAUAAGGCCAGACGGGAUGAUUUCUGCCCACAGAAUCUGAAGAACAUGCAUAUGGUGGUGGACAAACUAAUGGCCCACUCUCAUCUCAAAUACAAAGGCACAUUGUCCAUGCUUGACUGCAAUAUUUUCCCCGGUUUGGGGCAAGAUUACCUGGCAACUGAAGUCAACAUGUUCCUCCUUCCUGUGCAGGAGAAUGACGGGGAGGAUAAUCUGACUAAAGCAGGGUUGGGAACAUACCCGCUGUUCUCUCUGCUGCCGGGGUACAGAGGACAUCCUGCCUUCUCCACAAUGGUUUCAAAACUCCGCAGCCAAAUACUGGCCAUGCCCCGCUGUCAGCUGUCCCACACAAUCCUGACUGAGAAGAAUUGGUUCCACUACGCAGCUCGUAUCUGGGAUGGGGUAAAAAAGUCCUCGGCCCUCUCCGAAUACAGCCGCCUGCUCUGCUGAGACCUCGGUUGAACUGCUGUAUUAUUUUAUUGCUGUGCAAGCUCUUAUGUCCCAUAAUCAGGUCACAUAAAGAGGAAUGUGUCUUUGAAAGACCGUGGUUUGCACCCUACAUCAGGGACGAGGGAAAGUUGAAGCCCAGUCAGUGGUGAAGGGCAGAUAUGUGUGGUGGUGUUGGUGACACCAACUGCUCUCAACAGACUUUGGUGGGAAUCCACUCUCACUGCUCCAUGUCAGAUAGUUGUGCAUUCUCGCCCCUAGGGAAAUGUAAUGAUCGAAUUGUCACAGCUGCACCCUGUACCGCAGUGGUGAGAAAGAGAGAAAAAAACUGUUGGAGGAAAAUGUUGGAGCAAGUUGUGCGCAUUUUUUACUUUGGAUGUCAUGAUUAACUGUGAUAUUGCAACUGUAGUUUUGGGUGAACAGAUGUUGCAUAUGUGUUUUCUGAGAACAUAUAUAUCCUGUAAGUUUAUUUUUAUUUUCAUCAAUAAAAGACUAAUCACUAAUUACUCAGAAAUAAAAGGAAGCUUGUGAAAACUUU